GUUUCAUCAUUUCGACAAUUCGAGAGUCAAAGUGGUUGUUCCUAAUCAAAAUUACUAAAUAAAUAAUAAAUUAACUAAAAAUAAACAUGCCGUCGAAAAGAAAUAGAAAUAAAGCUAAUAAAAAUAGGCAAAAUUCUGCCAGUACUGAUGUCACUACCUCUCCAAACAAAGAUGCAAUUAAAACAUCUGCUCACAUAUUUCCAUCAGUAUACUGUGUCAGUCAGGAACAAUUAGAAGCUAGUACAAUGAAUCAUGAUGAUCAAUCAUUGACUGUUACAUCAGUAACUAAAAUGCUUAAAUCUGGGGAUGAAAAGAUUGUAAAUAACGAUGUCGCUGAUUCUAAAAAUGAUAGUCAAAUUUCUACUACUGCUGCUACUAACAACAUUAAUGGCCUCCCUACUACAACUGCUAUUACUAAUGUGAUUAGUGAAAUUAGUGAAAAUACCAGUACCUUGACUAAUGCUUUUGUUGGGAAGGAGAAUGAGAAUGGAGAUGUUCAUAUGCAAGAAAAAAUUUCAGAUUCAUCAAAUCAGACAGCAAUGCAAUUAACAAACUCGAAGCAGCAACAACAACAGCAACAGUCUGAAAACAAAUCAAAAGUUCCCAAACAACAACAACAAAAGCAGCAACAUACUCCUACUACAAAAGAUCAAAAAGUUACUGAAAAGAUUAAAGAUAAAAUUGAUAAUAAUUCCAAAAUGAUCAAUGAUCUCAAUAAUGUUGCUGAUAAGAUGGAGGAAUUUAACAUAAAGAAGAAAUCACAGCCGACUGAAAAUGAUCUGAUCAAUCAACAACAACAACAGCAACACGAACUACAAGAGGUGACCGAUGAUUCUCUAACUAAAAGUAAAUCUCAAUUAAGGGCAGAGAGAAGAGCAGUACAGGAGGCCCAAAGAGCUGCUAAACUAGCAGCUAAGCAGGGCGGAGCUGUAGCAGCUAAGCAAGGAGGAACUCCAUCGGCUAAGCAGGUUGAAAAUUCACAAGUGAAAAACACCACAGCCAGUGCUCCAGCUAAACCAGUGCAAGCUAAAGUUAUGGAUCAGCCUGCCAGCUCCAAUAAAGUCCAAACAUCAACAACACUCGUGCCGCAAAUGAAGACAACGAAGCAGCCGAAGAAAUCUGCAACCUCCAAGAAAUCCUCAAACAAAAAAGAGUGUAAGCAGCAGGUAAUGAAGAUGUUUCAUCACCUGCUGCCAACAACUACUACUACUUCUACUACUACUUGUACUACUACCACUACUGCCACAACUACAAAUAUGGUUGACGGUGAUUCCAAACCAUGCAGCAUAUCUUCUAUUAAUUUUUCCACCUCUCAAGAUGGCUUCCACCCAUCCAUCUUGAAAUUAGGUCAGCAGUAUUCUGAAGAAGAAAUAAUUGGGUCAAACGCCAGGGAACUUUCCCUUGUUAAGGCCCUGAAACAUAUGUUACACGACUACUCGACGCCAAUAAAUAAAGAGUUUUCAAGAGAUUUCAUGGAAAAACUAGCAAAAUCCAUAGAGUACCUGAAGAGUUGUAAGCCAUUGACUAUGGGAAUGGUUAACAUAACAAAAUAUUUUAAGCACCACAUCAACAAGCUAGAGGGCUUGUUUCCUGGCGCCUCUGAUGACGUGUUGAGAACCUACCUGAAUGAUCGACUGACCGACUUUGUGAAUGCGAACAUCAUCCUUGCGACGAAGAGGAUCAUUAAUGAGUUCAAGUUGACUGUCAUGGAUGGGGACGUCUUUCUCGUCUAUGGAUGUUCGCCGCUGGUGAUCAAAGCACUGACUGAGGCGUUCAACAUGGGGAAGAGCUUUAAAGUGUUCGUAGCUGACACUGACGAGUCCGAGUCAUAUGGCAGGUUGAUGGCGGAGGGUUUGAUAACUAGAGGAAUGGAUUGCACAUUCUUAAACACGUCUGUCGUUUCAACUUACAUUUAUAAGAUCACAAAAGUUUUAGUGGGGCCGGAGGCAGUAUUCUCCAACGGGUCGAUCAUGUGCCCCACUGGAAUAUCGGCCGUCAUAAUUAGCGCCCUGCUCAGCGACGUGUCAGUCGUGGCACUCUGCGAGACUUUUAAAUUUUGCGAUCGUGCGCAGAUCGAUUCAAUCGUCCAAAAUGAAAUGGGGCUGAGCGUAGAAUCAACAGGCACGAACAAAGAAUUCGAGGCGGUCGGUUUAAAAUACGACCUGUCCCCGGCCAGACUCGUGCCUACACUCAUCACCGAGUUAGGAUCGCUGCCGAGUAGAACUGUUUCAGGGGUGUACAGGCUCAAAUGGUCUGCUACACUCAUGUGAUUUUUUGGCAUUUUUCUUUUCUCUCACUGUCACAUAAUGCAUUGAUUAGAUUUAUUAAUCCGUUCCCGAAUGUCUUAUUCAUUAACAAUCUUGUAUUCGUUUGAUGUAUUCAGUAAUAAAUAAUGAUUUUAUCGUUUAAUUUUCAGAGCAAAAAUGAGUCAUAAACACUCGUACGUUGGGGGUUUUUAUAUUGAUUUUUUGUCUUUAAUUUCUUUCUCAUCUAUUGAUGCGCUGUAAUUAUAAAAGAAAAUAAAGACGACCUG